AUGAGUUCGUUCGGCCGGUUCUUUCGUGUCACGACGUUCGGCGAGUCCCACUGCAAGGGCGUGGGCUGCAUCGUCGACGGCGUGCCGCCUUCCCUCGCCCUCACCGAAGCGGACAUCCAGCCGCAGCUCACCCGCCGUCGUCCAGGCCAGAGCACGCUCACGACGCCUCGGGACGAAAAAGAUCAAGUGACGAUCAUGAGCGGCACUGAAAAAGGGUUCACACUCGGGACACCAGUAGCUCUUUUCGUACCUAACGAAAACGUCCGUCCGAACGACUACAAGGAGAUGGACAUGGUUCCUCGUCCGGGGCACGCCGAUUACACGUACCAGAUGAAGUACGGCACACGGGCAAGCAGUGGCGGAGGUCGAGCUAGUGCGCGGGAAACCAUUGGCCGCGUGGCUUCUGGUGCAAUUGCUGAGAAGUGGCUCAAGGAGAAGUUUGGCACGUCCAUUGUGUGCUGGGUGAGCUCGAUUGGCUCGGUGGACAUGCCCCGUGACCUGCUGGACGAUCCGCAGAAGACCCGGUACAGUCGAGAAGACGUGGAUACAAUUGGGUCGAUCCGGAUUUUACGGGAUCCGUCCACAUGGCACAAAGUGGCCGAUCCAGUCGAACAAGUGGAGCUCGACAAGACGUACGACGCGCAGUUUGUCACAGCCAUCGACGACCUACUGACACCGGCGUACAUGGACACGGAGAAGAGGGUGUACAACCGAACGGGAGCUGUGGUGGCGACUCCGGACAAUCUGGACGCGUGGCUGACAGAGGAAUUGGUCCCGGUGCGAUGUCCGCACCCGCCAUCGGCUUGUGCGAUGGCGACAGUCGUCCGCACGAUGAAGGUCGAUGAAGACUCGACUGGCGGCAUCGUCACAUGCGUGAUCCGCAACGCGCCCGUGGGGUUGGGUGAGCCUUGCUUUGACAAGAUGCAGGCUGUGCUGGCCCACGCCAUGAUGUCCAUCCCAGCGACGAAAGGCUUUGAGAUUGGCUCGGGGUUCUCCGGAACCAGCAAACGCGGUUCGGAGCAUAAUGAUCCAUUCUGCGCGGGCCUGGAUGCUGAGAACCCGGAGAAGCUUGGCGUGACGAAGAACGACGCGGGUGGUGUGCUGGGCGGGAUCACAAGCGGCGCAGACAUUUACUUCCGUGUGGCCAUCAAGCCCGUCUCGACGAUCGGACGCGCGCAGCCAACGGUCGAUUACAAUGGCAAGGAGACGGUACUUGAAGCCAAAGGCCGUCACGACCCGUGUGUGCUGCCUCGCGUGGUGCCGCUUGUCGAGUCGAUGGCCGCACUCGUUAUCGCUGAUGCCGCCAUGAUUCAGCUGGGCCGCGAUGGCAGUAAGCAGGACGAACCGGUGCAGAAGAAGCGGAAGCUGUGA